AUGGGCUGCAAUAACGGUAAGCAACAUGCUGAGAAGGGCAAUAGCAAGAGGCACGCAACUAUUAAGAAAUUUUUAUGUUUUCCAUCAAUUCGCAAGUCUAUUCGAGCACGAUCAGUGAGUCAUGAAGUUUCAACUCAAUCUCUAUCGAUGAUUGAUGAUUUCGAACUAAAAAUAUCAGCUUAUGAUUCUGAUAAUCAAAAUCAAAGACAAUCAUCACUAACCGAUGAAUCAACAACAUCAGUUAGUUCGGUGGCUCAAACAACUAUGGCUGCAAUCCGUGAGAAAAGAUAUCGAACAGCUAUAGGAUUAUUAACCAUCGAUAAAUCAAGUGAAACUUUAAUAGACAAGAAUGAAAAUGAUAGCAAUUCGAUCGAUGAAAAUAAUUGGAAAUAUUAUACUCCAUUUACACUUGAAAAAAUUCGUACAACACCGUUAUUAAAAGAUCUAAUAUUUCAAUAUGUUAAUUAUGAAAUUUGUUAUGCAUUGAAUCGUUUGCUUCGAUUUGAAAAUCAUGAUGAAAAUGAAGAAUUUCUCGAAUGGUUUUUUGAUGAAGUUGAAUAUUUAAUGCACGCAUUUGAUGAUAAUAAACAGUAUGAACAUAAAUCUUUACUUUUAAGUUCAAUAGAACAAGAUCGUUAUGAUUGCAUGAAAUAUCUAUUGGAUCGUCAAUUAUUACCAAGUAAACUUGAUAUUAAUACAGUCAAUGAUCAAGGUCGUCAUUGUUUAUUGAUGCUUGCACAUAAGAAUGGUCCAAUCGAUUCAGUAAAAUAUUUAUUAACACGUCAUUUAGCAUGUCUCGAUACAAAUAAACUUGAUUUAAAUAAAUUUAGUUCUUUACAUCAUGCAUGUCGACAUUUUAAUUUAUCUCUAUGUGAAUUAUUACUUCCAUAUACAAGUGCAAAAAUAUUUAAAAUGGAAAAUUCAGAAUUACAUACACCACUUGAUUAUUGGAUUGAAUGUUUAUGUUCAUUGAAACAGUUAAAACCAACACAUAUUCAAUACCAUUCGGAUGCAUUACGUCUUGAUUAUUUGCUCAAUGAUUUUGAUUAUUAUUCGAAUGUUUUAUUUUUUCAAACUAUUAUAAAUCACGAUGGACAAUUAACGAAAAUUCCAUUACGUUACAUACGUUCAGUUCUGCCUCAAUUAACAUUUGAACAAAAACUAUCCUAUGUAGAUCAUCAUGUUAAUCUUUGUUGUACCUUAUAUAAAAAUCGUUUAUCAACAUUAGUACGUGAUUAUGAUAAUUUAAAAAUUAGUAUACAAGCUGGAGAAAUUCUAACUGAAUUUAUUUAUGCAUUAGGUACUGUACAACUAGAAGUACAAAGUCGUUUAACAGCACAUGCAUAUUCAAGUGUUUAUGAAACAGCCCUACAACGUAUUUAUCGUGAAAAUAAUAAUCGAGAAGAAAAUUCUUCUAAUCGUUUAAAUACAAAAGAACAUAAUAGUUUACAAUUAACUAUGCGUAUGCUCUAUUUUAAAUUUUUUCGUCUCUUUCAAUGUAUUUAUAAUAAUCCUGAUGUGAAUGUAAAAAAUUUCCAUUUUGAACAUAUAUUUCGUCGUGUUUGGAUUUAUUGGAAAGAACCUGUGAAAGCAUUUAUUACGCAAUGUAGAGAAAAAAAUUUAUCGUUAAAAUCUAUUUGUCGAACAAUAUUAUUUAAACGUUUAAUUCAUUAUCCAGCUGAUAUUGGACGUUUAUCAAUUCAUCCAUCUCUAAAACAAUUUGUUGCAUAUGACAAUCAAUUUUUUCUUGUUCAAAGACAUUAUUAA